GAACAAGUUGUCUAUCACUGCGGCCUUAUGUCAACCGGUGACAUACGCACGAACUUGAUUCGGUGCGAACAUAGGAGAAAUUGAAGGAAUUGAGAUGUCAACGGAGAAAUUCUAGCGAAGUUUAUCCAUCGUAAGAUGCCGGAAUAUAGCCAAGUUCGUACAAGUGCUUUUCGAGUUGCUUCUGCACAAAUGGAAGAAAUACAACGCCAAUCGUUUGUUUUCGAUCGAGUCUGAUUCCAUCUCACAUUUUUUGUUUUCUUUUCCUAUGCCUGAAACCAGGCAUCCCAGUGAACUUUUUCACGGUCGGAUUUUGUAUGCUGGUGUCUUACAACUCGGGUAGUAGGUUGUGGGUGGUUUGUGUCAAAUGUUCGUUUAUGAAUUUCGGUAAUCAGUAUAUGUGCGGUGUUUGAAUCUUUUGAUAAAAUGCAGAAAAACCAUGAAUUCCGGGAUUCCUGGGUGAUUAGUGGAGACUUGUGUAGAUAUUUAGCGAGUGAAGAUUUCGUGUAAUGAUGACAGUUUGCCUACUGUCUGUAUAAUUUCGAAUGAGGAUUUCAAUAGAGCAAGCUUCGUGAACCGUGCUGCCGGUCAUUUUGUGGGAGCAUAUUUUGCCUGAAAAGAAGAACCAUAAAGCUAAUUAUUUUGACGUUUUUAGUUUUGUUUUGUUUGCCUUCAACCCAGAUUUAGUGGUGGGAAUGAGAGAAAUAUUCCCGAAUAGCGGGGAAAGCCUCGUACAAACGAGAAGAACGAAUGGAAACUGAACGGAGGGGAAUAAUAUAUCUUGAAGAUACAUCCCGAGAUACAAAAAAUUAGAAUUUGCCAGGGAGUUUUACGGGAAAUCAUAAAAUUUCUUCAAAAUGGCCGUGCGAAGUCAUCAAUAUUUCAGUUUAAGGUGGAAUAAUUAUCAAAGUACUAUGACAACUGUCUUUCAACAAUUACGAGAGGAUCAAUCAUUUGUAGAUGUUACUUUAUCUUGUGAACAUGGUUCAAUAAAAGCUCAUAAGGUUGUACUAUCGGCGUGUUCUACCUACUUUCAAAAGCUUCUACUGGAAAAUCCCUGCAAGCACCCAACAGUAAUUUUACCGUCUGACAUUGUAUAUGCGGACUUAAAGACAAUAAUAGACUUUGUUUAUCGAGGCGAGAUUGAUGUUACGGAAUCAGAACUUCAAGGACUUUUGAGGACAGCUGAACAGCUAAAAAUCAAAGGAUUAUGCGAAACUACAGAUCAACUGGAAGAAUCCGCUCCCGAAACGGCACUGAUUACAGUCCCUUUAUCAGAAUCAGAGGAGGCACAACAAUCUCAAUCGAAUAUUAAUGCAUCGAACGCAAUUUGUACAGUGACACAACAAACUAGUAAUACUUCAAUUAAAAAAAGUAGAGUGCGAAAGCGAUCAAAAUCACCUGAUAUAAACGCACAUAAUAAUGAGACGAAUCAGCAGGCUUAUUCGUCCAGUUCUACAGUUGGCUUCAAUUCCCCUAUCUCAGUUGUAUCGACUUUAUCACCAAUAGGAACAGCCCCCGUAGGUACAGUUUCCAGCGUUGAUAUACACCCUACGCAGCAGCAUCACCACAACACACAUCAACAGCAACAAACGCAGAAUUUACAUCAACAGCCCAAUUUAUCUGGAACAUCUGUGAAUAAUCGGAGCCAUGAUAGUAGCUCGCCUUCUGUUAAACCUACUAAGAUUAUAAAAACAGAAGAUAUAUCAAAUAAUGAUGUCAACAGCAAUGCCCAAACGAGUGGGACCAUCUUAACACAAAUUGUGGUAUCACGUGACAAAGACUCCAAGACUAUGGCCAGUUUAGGGAUGGGGAUAAACGGUGGUUUAUUGGGCGUGCCUAUGGGGUUUUUAGACUUUGCACCAGAACCGCCAGCUCCAUCUGCAACACCUGUUACAGAACAGGUUGAUAUGUCCUGUACCCCUAGUACUGAUACUAGAGAUUUAUCAAACUCUAUACCAAAUGGUGGAGAAGUUCGUAUUAAAUUCGAGACUCUUCGUUCUUUAGAUCCCACCGAAUCCCUCGAUAUAGACAAUCAUAUAGCUCAGCAUAUAAUACAGCGUUUAGAUCAAUCACCCAUAGAACAAAUGCAUCCAUCAACGACGUCUGAAGAUAACAAAAUUUCACAACAUCUUAUUCAAAAUAUUAAAACAGAAAUUGUAGACAAGCAGCAUUCUCAUCAGCAGCAACAACAAAUGCAGAGCCAAUCACAACAGCAAGGUCAUCAGGGCAUGUCUGGUAAUACGGUGAUGGAAAUUGAUCCAAAUAAUAUAAAGCAUGAACCUGCAAUGAUAAUAACACCAGAAAUAGUAACGAUGAUGACGACAGGAAAUAUGGAUAUUUACAAUUCAGAUACCAGUGAAGACUCUCUUAUGAUCGCAAAUGGUUCUUCAAAUGAUAAUAAUGAACCCCAAUAUACAAAUCUGGAUCAACAAGAUAUAAAAUUGAAUGGGCCCAAAACGUGGACUCCGGAAGACAUGAAUUCUGCCUUAGAAGCACUUAAAAAUCAUAACAUGAGUCUAACGAAAGCAUCAGUUACAUAUGGCAUACCAUCAACUACCCUGUGGCAGCGCGCUCAUAGAAUGGGCAUUGAUACACCAAAAAAGGAAGGCACAACUAAAUCAUGGAAUGAAGAAGCCCUCAAUAAUGCUUUGGAAGCCUUGCGGACCGGACAGAUAUCAGCAAAUAAAGCAUCAAAAGCAUAUGGAAUUCCGUCCUCUACUUUAUACAAAAUUGCACGACGUGAAGGAAUCCGCCUUGCAGCACCUUUUAAUGCAGCACCAACGACAUGGACACCAGAAGAUCUUGAACGUGCAUUAGAGGCCAUUCGAUCCGGCCAAACUUCCGUCCAAAAGGCCAGUACUGAAUUUGGUAUUCCUACAGGAACACUUUAUGGUAGAUGUAAGCGAGAAGGUAUUGAAUUGUCGCGUUCAAAUCCAACGCCUUGGUCUGAAGACGCUAUGAAUGAAGCGUUAGUAGCCGUAAGAGUCGGUCACAUGUCAAUAAAUCAGGCAGCUAUACAUUAUAAUCUCCCAUAUAGUUCAUUAUAUGGUCGAUUUAAAAGGGGUAAAUAUGAUGCUCCUACGCCAAGUGGUCCACCUGCGAACAAUGCGACGAAUACAUCCACCAAUAUGGAUUUAAUAGAUAAUAGUCCAGAAAACUCGCCAUUCCAAUAUACUCCGGGACCACAAACGGCGCACCAACAACAGCCUCAACAGCAUCAAAUUCAACAGUCAUCACAGCCUCCUAUUCAUUUGCAACACCAGCAUCAUCUCCAGCAACAUACGCAACAUUCGCAACUUCACCCACACCAACCACCUCAGCAGCAUCAUCAACAGCACAUUCAACAACUUGAUGUUACAUCGAGUAGUCAAGUACAUACUCAGCCUGGACAAAUCCAUCAGAUCCAGUACCAUCACCAUCACAGUACACCUGAAAGAAGUUGAGAGUUUAAUGAUAGUAACAAGGACUAAAAAGAGGGUCUUAUAAUAUUCUUGUAAGACAAUGUAAAAAGUUUCAGUUUAUUUUUUUAUGAUAAAUGACAAAUUCGAAUUAAAUUUGAGUAGGUAACAAUAACAAAUAAUAUUUAUCUUAGAGCUAUUAGUGAUAUAACCGAAUCAGUGAGAAAAUAAGGCAGUAGUAAUCGUAAGUAGUUUCGAUUUAGUAAUUAAGUAAAAAAGUCAGAAAUGAACUCAUGUUGAGUUUAUUUACAGUCUUUUAAUUUGUCAUGUAUUAAGUUAAAGAGAAAGAAUAGUUUUCAUACUGGUGUAUGCGACAAAUUAAAUAGUUUUGCUCUUGAUAUAAAAAAGUAAAAUCUUCCCUUUGAAUAUAUCGUCAAAUAUAGUGAAGUUUUUUUUAAUAAACGAGAAAGAAAAAUAGUAUUUAGGUGAAGGUAACUUCAGUUUUAUAACUAUGCAUUAACUCCUAAGAAUAAAGGAGCGGUUCUCUAGAGUUAUAUGUUGGAACAGAAUUAAAAAUGAACAUCUCCAGUUUGCAGAAAAGUUAAAAGGAUAUCUAGUGUGCUGCUUGGGAAACCCUUACGCAAUGUUAAAUUUUAUAUUAACUGGCAUAGUGAACAUCUGCUAAUAUCAUUGUAGUAGUGGAAGAACUUUUUAUCGAAACAAAACUUUAUAUUUUAGUUCAAACUUGCUUUUUCUUGAAAUAUGGCAUAAAGCUGUUAUUUUUGUGAAAAAAAUGUGUUCUUUGUUAAUUCUUUCAGAAAAAAUGUAUUUUAUUUAUUUUUUGCUUCGAAACAUAUUUUUUGUAAUCGGUAAUCUCCAAUCAGAAAAAUACAUUUCUAGAGUAAAUUACUUAAGCUCUCCGUAAAUCUCAACCUAAUUAGUUAUAUUACCAGUUUUAUUUGCAGAAUUCAAUAUCACCUUUGAAGUGGUUCUGAGUUUCGAAUGAAUGUUUAGAGAUGUUAUUAACUCUAGGUGAUAAGAACUACAAAAUUAUGAAUGUACGUAAAAUCUUCCAAUAGGUGCAUAUUGUUUAGAAUGUUGUCACCUUAUUAUGAAAAAAGAUUAUUUAUUCACUGUUAUUUUAUUUUACUUUCAUCUCCAAAAAAGCCCCAAUUGUGAAAACAACUCUUUUUAUUUAAAGUGUAUAGCAACAGAAACUGUUUGCUAUUAAACUUUACAAUUAAUAUUUCCUGCAAAUAAUUUACAAUCUUUGAUGUAUAAAGUAUCAUUCUAUGAAAUUUUGUGCUAAGCAUGUAAUCAAUAUUUAGAUAUUAUAUCAUGAUACCCUUUUAUCAUCCCCUAGUUUAAUUGAUGAAAGUGCAUUAAAUUAAAAGAAAAAAUUUUCUUUGAGCGGUGUAUUAUUUAGAAUGGAAUAAAUCGCAACCAUACGAA